AUGGGGGAGACCAACAGUGUGGAUCAGCAAACAUCUGGCGCAAAGGGCGAAGUAUUCGAACGCGAGAUUCAUGCACAGAAGCGCGAGCGCGAGGAAGAUCCAGAGAGAGCUACUGCAAUUGAAAGUGAUAAAGAUGCGCCACCGAAAAGGCACCGCGGUGAAACACUGGGAACCGUACAAUCUGUGUCUAGUUCAGAGACUGAGGCGAAGGACGAUCAUAUGGAAUCUAAGUCUAAUCAUGUAAAGGAGAGCAAGGCUGAGGAUUCUGACGCUAUAAAUAAGGAGAAGAUUGAGGAAAAGCUGCAAUAUGCUGGCAACAAAGACGAGGCAAAAUCAAAGGGCACCCGUUCCGAAUCGCUCACAACCUCGGCAUGUGAAGGAGUUCAGACCACAAAUGCGGGAGUCACAUCAAUAAUACAUGGAAAUAAUGAGAGCCUGGAUCAAAGUAAAAAGGAAGAAAAACUAGGCAAACAUCAACAAGGUAAAGAUGAAGGGAAGAGUGAUCUGAUUGCGAGUAAAGACAAGUCGAAGAACAUGACAAGUGGGACUGGAUUAAGUCUUGGAUUUGGAGCCUUUGCCUCACGUUCAGCACCUUUCAAGUCUGCUACCGCCUUGACAGAAAAAGCAGAUGCUGCAUCGGAGAAGGUUACCAAGGACUGGGCCGUGGAUGGGAGCGAAUCCAUGACGCCUGAAAAAGGAGACUUCGUCGUACGGAAAAAAGAAGUCCAGAAACCAGAUAUGGAAUUGACAACAGGCGAAGAGGAUGAAGAAACUGUGGCAACAGCGCGAGCGAAGCUGUACUCUUUGGCAGAAAACCAAAUCUGGAAAGAACGCGGAACAGGCACGAUCAAAGUUAACGUCCACAAGUCGAACAAAUCUUCACGUUUAGUGAUGCGACUUGAUGCUGUAUUGAAGCUGAUCCUCAACGUGAAGCUCUUCCCAGGAAUGCAGUGCAAUUUGGAGCAGGACCGAUUUAUUCGUGUAGUGGCUAUGGAAUCGGACGGACUAUCGCACUUCGCUAUCAAGUUUGCCAACGCCAAUGAUGCUACGGCAUUCCUCACAAGCUUGCAAGAGCACAUACCCUCUGCUUAA